AUGGCUGCCACCGCCGUUCCGGAAGGCACGACGCAAGUCGUCUUCAGUCAGCUCAGAACUUUCAUUUCCAACAUCUUGACGAUCCCGGUUGAAAAUAUUGAAGAUACGUCUUCAUUUGUUACCCUUGGAGGAGACUCGUUCAAGGCAGUUCAUCUGUACCAAAAAUGCGCUGAGCAAGGCCUGGGCGUCCGGUUCCAAGAUCUACUCCACAGGUCUCUGAAAGAAGUCGCCUCGCUAGCUUCCAGCAAUCAAGCAGGGUGUUCUUCGACUGAACAACUGAGACAGGGAGAUGGUAUAUUCCCGCAGAUGCCUCCCGACUAUGAUUUUACCAGGAUUUUUCGCGAGCUGCGAGAGAAGCACAAUGUGAGCGAUGAUGCUGUCGAAGACGUUUAUCCUUGCAGCCCAAUGCAAGAGAGCAUGUAUAUUGGUCAGAAGAUGGUCUCCAAGCGACUGUACCGGACGCGCGGGCUCUUUGAGACUGAGGCCGAGUUUGAUCUGGAUCACUUCCAAACCUGUUGGAACGACAUUAUCCACCGUCACCAAACUCUCCGAACUAUCUACGUCGACACCUCGGAUACCGCAUCUGGCCGUCUCUUAGAUGCAGUCGUCCUCAAGUCUCAACCAGAACCUUUGGUCAUCGACCAUGUGAAGGAUCUGGAGGAGAUACGACGUCAAUUCGCAAUUGGGGAUUUGGGGACAGUCAAUACAGAUGAAGAGAGGCACCAGCACCACAUCACCGUUUACAUCGAUAUCCAAAAUCCCGGUCGAGUCUUAUUUCAGAUGGACUUGAACCACUUGACCGUUGACGGUAGCUCAUUGAUAAUAAUCGUAGAUGAGUUGGUCAAGGGGCUGCAGGGCUCUCGGCUUCUUGGCCAAGCACCUGGAUACGGGAGAUACAUCGACUACUUACAGACCCAGACGGAUGAAGACGGCGCGCUCGACUACUGGAUUGACUACCUGGACGGAACAGAACCAUGUUUUUUCCCUGUUAUGAACGACCACCAAGCAGGUGGUGCCGGGUCCUUCCACGUCACGGUGAUGCCUCUUGAUGUUGGUCUAGAUGACAUCCGCGUCUUCUGCCAAAAGCAUAAUGCGACCAUAUCGAAUGUGCUGCAAGCUGUCUGGGCUCUCGUUCUUCACACUUAUACGGGUGACCCGGAUAUCUGCUUCGGUUAUCUCUCUUCCGGGCGAAGUUUACCAAUUCCUGGAGUGUCUCAAAUCGUUGGGCCGAUGAUGAACUUGCUAGUCUGCCGCGUCGGUGGAAUCGACGACAUAUCGCUCGAAGGUCUUCUCCAUACUGUCAGAGAAGACUUUCUGAACGCGCUGCCACACCAAUGCUUCUCCAUUGGCAAGGUGCAGCGAAUACUCGGAACCAACGAAACCAAGCUGUUCAACACCAUCAUCACCUCGUAUUACUCGCCUUCCAUGUCCGACGCCACCAGCAGCACGUUCUUCAAGCUAAUCUCAUCCCAUAAUGCCUCCGAUUUCGAUAUUGUGCUAAAGGCUGUCUACUCAGACUCGGAGAUUCGAGUGCGACUCGCUUAUUCAACCGCCACGUUGUCAUCGGCAAUGGCAAGCAACGUCUCGCAUACCUUUUCAAGCAUCUUAUCACGAUUAAUUGGUAUAGACGAUGCACAAGUUACCGUCAAGACAACAACCGCAAUCAGCAGGUGGGACAUGCAGCAAGUCGGAAAGUGGAACUCACGUAUGCAUGCUCCGCCGCCUGAUCCUCGAUUGACCUGCAUUCAUCACCUAAUCGAGAAUCAGGUCCGGCUUCAGCCUGAAGCGCAGGCAAUCCACUCGUGGGAUGGGCACAUGACCUAUAAAGAGCUCGAUGAAGCUGCUUCAAUUGUCGCCCAAGAGAUCUUGCAGCGAGGUAUUGGACCUGGAGCUUUUGUCGCGCUUUGCUUCGAGAAGUCAAAAUGGUAUUCCAUCGCCCUUCUCGGCGUCUUGAAGAGUGGCAACGCCUUCGCGCCUGUUGACAUCUCGAAUCCAGAAACUCGACGGCAGGAAAUUCUGCAGCAGUUAGGAAUCUCUCCUCGAUCUGGGCUCGUCAUCUGCUCGAGGCAACAAGCGCCGUCAAUCAGGCAUUUGGCUGGUCAGGUCCUUCAACUUGAUGUAGACCGGGUCUCUCCGUUGCAAGAUGAGCCUAUACCGCUACCAUCUAUUUCUUCCGACAGUCCAGCCUACGUCAUCUUCACCUCUGGUUCUACGGGCAGGCCAAAGGGAGUCGUUGUGGAACAUCGAGCAUAUGCAUAUGCGGCUCAAGCUCAUAGCGAUGGAAUACACAUCAAUUCCGCUUCUAGAGUCUUACAAUUCGCCUCCUAUGGGUUCGAUACCAGUAUGGAAGAUCAUUUGACAACUCUCGCUGUGGGUGCCUGUCUAUGUGUCCCGCAUGAGGAUGACCGGUUGAGCUGCCCAGACUUAGCAAGGUUUGCAUCAGCGUCAGGGGCAAAUUGGGCACAUCUCACGCCUUCAUUCGCCGAGAUGUUCACGCCGGCCAUACUGCCAACCAUGAGAACCAUGGUUCUUGGUGGAGAGGCAAUGACUGCGAAGAACAUUCAGAGCUGGGCCUGUCGAUCACACACAGAACUCAUCCAGGUUUACGGCCCAUCGGAGUGCAGCGUGACUAGUACAAUCAGUCCGCCGUUCACAAAGGACAUCAGUCCUACUAACAUUGGGUUCGCCGUUCCCGGGUGCGCAGCAUAUGUUGCUAGGCCUGAUAACUCAAGCAUCCUUCAAGCUAUUGGUGCGUUAGGUGAGCUCCUGAUGGAAGGCCCAAUUCUUGCAAGGGGUUACCUGGGCGAUCCUACACAAACAUCAAUCUCGUUCGUUGAGGGCCUUGAUUGGGCACCUGGUAGAAGACUUUACAAGACCGGCGAUCUAGUCAAAUACGACUCUGCUGGUCAACUCCAUUUUGUCGGGCGAAGAGAUGGGCAGGUCAAGCUCAGGGGUCAGAGGAUUGAACUAGGAGAAAUCGAGCGACAUCUGGUUCUUGAGCCCCGAGUUCAGCAUUGCCUCGCCGUUGUUCCGAAAUCUGGACCUUGUGCGAAGAGAUUGGUGGCCGUUGUCAUGCUCAGUGGCUCAAUUGUAUCGCCGCCCUCAAGCAUGUCCACAUCACCUAUCAAGAUUCUGGACGCACCUUGGCUUGAGCAUAUCAACUGCAUGAGAGGAUUUCUUCUUGACAAGCUACCGCCCUACAUGAACCCAGAGCUAUGGUUCUUUCUAGAAUCCCUGCCAAGGAAUUCUUCGGGGAAACUCGAUCGAAAGGGGUUAAUUCAAUAUCUUGAAAGACUCACUCCCGAUGAUUUCGCCGGCUUGUUGCCACGUAUGGAUGACAACAGCACUGAGAGAGAUGGUACGGAGCUAGAGACGAGGUUGAGGAGUAUCUGGAGUGAAGCUCUGAACGUCGGCGAGGACGAAAUUCGCUGGAACACCUCAUUUUACCACCUCGGCGGAGAUUCCAUCUCAGCCAUGACCAUUAGCAGUUUGGCGAGGCAGACUGGGAUGAACAUCUCGGCUGCAGAUAUCCUUCGGUACCGGUCAAUUGAGCGACUAGCCAAAUCAAUUGGAGCAGCUGCCUCGCCAAGCCCAUCUCAAGUUGACACGUCCAUAGAUCCAGCAGGACCGCAAGCUUUCAUUCUUUCUCCCAUUCAGAAACUUCACUUCCACACGUCGCCCGAGGGAGACGAUCUUGAUCAGCAGACCAUGGUCGUUGAAGUCACCCAGGCCGUGGACCAGCAAGAACUGCUGGCGGCUUUGGAAUCUCUCUUCAAGGCUCAUCCAAUGUUGUGUGCGCAGUUUAAGUGUCGCGAUGGCGAAUGGACGCAAUGUCUACCUGCUAGAUCUGCCAUCAGCGUCGUUGACUACUGUCGCAUGAGAUUUCACAGUCGCAGACAUCUCGACUACGUUGUCGAGUGCGUCAGCGAGGCCAAGAGGUCGAUUCAUCUCUCCAACGGUCCUCUCGUGGCCGUGGAUUUAUUUGAGUCUCGGGGUCGGACCCUCCUAUCUAUGACAAUCCAUCACCUUGUCGUAGAUGCAGUGUCGUGGCGGAUACUCCUGCGUGAGUUGGAGUUAUACCUCCUCUUCAAGACGCCGAUCGCAGACGAAGCAACAUCUUUCCAACAUUGGACAUUGGAGCAGCAUCGCUUCUCAUCGAACUUACUACCACAAAAUGUUGUGCCUCCGUCGGCUCAUGCACUUGUCACUGAUUUGUCAUUCUGGGGCAUGGCAGAUGAGAGGAACUGUUUCGGGGACUGUGUUUCUCAUACCAUCACUCUCGACUCAUUUAUCUCCGAACAACUUGUUCCAGCGCAAGGAGUUCCUGUACGGGGAGCUCAUGACUUGUUGCUAGCCUCUGUUAUCGACUCGUUUGUUGAAAUAUUCGGUCGCUCCCCUGGUCUGUUCAGUGAGUGUCACGGACGAGAAAUCUUCAUCCCUGAGGUGGACCCGUCUACCACUGUUGGCUGGUUCACGACAUUCUCUCCCAUGAUCGCAAACAGCCAUGGCAACAUACUCAACGACAUCAGCGAGUUCCGUAACAAUGUACCUCUCAAUGGGUUAGCCUACUUCGCAUCACGUUUCCUGAGCAAAGCUGGCAAGAAGGCGUUCGAGCACCAUCAUCCAAUGGAGGUAACUCUCAACUAUCUCGGGGUCUUCCAGCAAUUCGAGAAGGACGGCUCUUUAUUCAAAAGAUGCAGCGACGAGAUCCAGGACAAGAUCUCGGGCCUCAGAAACCAGCAACGUGCAGGGUCAUCGAGAUAUGCCCUGAUUUCAAUCUUGGCAUCCAUCAAAGAUAAUAAGCUGUCUCUGCAGGUUGAGUGGAACUCUCGGAUGCACCACCAAGAUCUUUUGGUAGGUUGGCUGCAUCAAUUUGAACAAAGUCUGAGAACCUUUGCUAGCGGCCUCGCGGAUGAACACGAGCGCUUACCGCCAUCGCCUUCGGAGCCUUUGGUUACCUCAGUUGGACUUCAACACAAGGACCUCAAAGCCGUCCUCAAUCUCGCUCAAUCCCGUCUCGGCAUCACACCUAACGAGAUAGAAUCAGUCAUUCCUUGCUCUCCAAUUCAAGAUAGCCUCAUUCUUUCGCAACUGAAGAGUACAAGCAAUCAGUACAGCCAGCACUUCCUCUUCAAGCUGUCUGGAUCAAUCCCACUCAAUCCUGAUGACCUCUCAGCAGCCUGGAAGCAGGUUGUUGCGACGCACCAAAUUUUGAGAACUGUCUUCAUUGAGGACGCGGCUGGGAGGUUUCUUCAGCUCGCCUUGAAGGCUGUCGACAUCGAUAUCAAGGUCCACAAGCUUCGAAGCGAGAGCGACCUGCCAGCCCUGUGGGCGGAGCAGUCUUCCUCGGUCGCAUCUAAACCUUUGUGUGGCAAGGUACUCCAUAAGCUUCAGUUGUACACCGCAGACGAUGGUUCUGUAUACUGUCUUUUGGACAAAAAUCACGUCAUCACUGACGGAACGACUUCUCGUCUGUUGAUUCGGAAUUUCCUGGCUGCUUUGGACAAUCGUCCGCUACAAGAGAUCUGCCCGUACUCCAAUUACAUCGACUAUGUCGAGAAGCAAGAUGCCUAUGAGAUCGCACAAUAUUGGUGUCGCUACUUGGAUGGGGCACCGUCAUGCCUGUUACCCGUACUACGCCAACAUCGACCGCCAUCAGUUCAAACUCUCGAGUUUACCCGCACGUCUUCCACCUUUCCCAAGAGCGAAUUAAGCUCAGCAUGUCGAAAGUGGGAUCUCACAAUUCCCAUCAUAUUCCAGGCCGCGUGGUCAAUGAUUCUGUCCACAUACUUGCACUCAGACGACGUAGUCUUUGGUCUUCUCGGCCACGGGAGAGACAUCCCGAUUCCGGGGGCGUCAGAGAUCGUGGGCCCGAUGGCUAACGUCAUACCCGUCAGAGUACAAAUUAGUCCGGAAACGACGGUCUCGAAGAUCUUGACUAGAUUACAGGAGGACAAUAUUGAUCAUCUCACCAAACAGACAAUUUCUUUGGCGCGAAUCCAGCAUGCAGCCCGGCGCAGUGGAGAGGCCUUGUUCAACACGAUCUUCAACUUCCAAAAGACGACCGCAACGCUGGGAUCGGAGAGGAUCAAAUCGGAGCUACUUUUUGUUCAUGACACAAGCGAGUACGAUACCGCCUUGUGUAUCACCGAAGAUCAAGAGCAGUUUCAUAUUACCAUUGAGACUGCAACAUACUUCAUGUCGGAAGUUCAAGCGGAGCGUAUUCUAGCUGUCUACUUGAACGCCGUGCAAGCUAUAAUCGACGACUCAGAGGCCCAGAUCUCGAAGAUAUGCCUCACCAGCGCACUGGAUGAGAAGCAGAUUCAGGAAUGGAACUCAUCCCCGCUCGAGAUCAACGGGUGCUGUAUUCACGACAUGAUCUCGGAGACAGUCAACAGACAACCCUUGAGGCCAGCCAUCUGUGCAUGGGACGGCGAUUUGUCUUACGCCGAAGUGGACUCCCUAUCCACUAAUCUCGCGUCGCGACUCCAGGCUAUGGGAGUUGUGCCAGAAGAUAUCGUCGUUCUUUGUUUCGAAAAGUCCUUAUGGGCAGUGGUUUCAAUGCUUGCGGUGGCAAAGUCCGGGGCGGCAUUCGUACACAUUGAUCCAAACGGUGCUGAUAAGAGGAAUAAGUCUGUGGUCGAGCAGACUGGGGCCAGGAUUGGGCUGUCUUCGUCAAAACAAUACGACAAGCUGACAAGUCUCGUGGAAACACUUGUUGUCGUUGACAAGACUUCCAUGGAGAAUUCUUCAAAAUCUGCGAUCUCGCUUACCCAUUCUGUUACUCCUCUCAACACACUUUACAUCAUCUUCACCUCAGGAACAACAGGCACACCAAAGGGGGUGGUGAUCCAGCACAAGUCAUUCUGCUCAGCCGUGGCAUACAACACCUCCUGGCUGCAAAUCAAACCGGAGUCCCGCGUCUUGCAGUUCACAAACUUUUGUUUCGACGCCUCUCUCGAAGAGAUUUUCACGGUUCUUGCCGCGGGUGGUUGCAUCUGCAUUCCGUCCGAGGAAGAGCGCAUGUCCGACAUCCCCGGAUUCGUCGCGCGCAAGCGGGUGAACUGGGCUGCUUUCACUCCAUCUUUUCUUCGCACCCUUGAUCCCGAUGAUUUGGAGUCCGUCAAGUUCAUUACUGUCCAUGCGGAGCCGAUGAGCCAGGAUCUCGUAGCUCGUUGGGCUGGGAAGAUCCACAUGAGGCCUAGCUACGGGCCAACGGAGUGCUCAGUGACCAGCACCAUCGGAGCUCCAUUCAAGGUAGACACAGUCGCUACGAAUAUUGGUUGGCCGGUAGGGUGUCGCGCUUGGGUUGUUCAUCCGGAGAACCACCACAUAUUGAUGCCCGUUGGGGCUGUUGGCGAACUACUUCUGGAGGGACCCAUUGUCGGCAAAGGCUACCUCAACGACGAUAUCAAAACCGCGAUCGCCUUUAUUGAGCCUCCCUCAUGGGCAUCUGACAAGAGCUCUUCACUCGAAGGUGAUAGAGGCACUCGAAGAUUGUAUAAGACCGGUGAUUUGGUGAGGUAUGCCGAAGAUGGAAGCCUCUUCAUCCAACGCAGGAAAGAUCACUCCCAAGUCAAGAUUCGUGGCCAGCGAGUUGAGCUUGGCGAAAUUCAAUAUCAUCUCAACAAUCUUUCUGAAACCAUCGUGCACAGCAUGGUCCUGGUUCCGAAAUCGGGUAAACUCAAAGGACGUCUUGUGGCUGUCGUGAGUCUGACAGUUCUAUCAUCGAAUCUCGAGACACGCGAUUACAGCCAAGACAUUACCAUCGUCGAAAAGGAUAACCUCAGCCAGGAGAUGCGUCAAAGGCUUGCUGAUGCGCUAAAUUCAAUGACUUCGGCGCUUGAGAGAGAUUUGCCUCAGUACAUGAUCCCGGAAACAUGGCUCAUUGUCAAAAGCCUCCCAGUCCAGCUAUCACUCAAGCUAGAUCGGCAACGGGUAAUGAGCUGGGUAGGGCAGAUUGACCAUCAAACCCUUUUGGCCGCACUUGAUCUUCAUCAAAAGGGUGACUCAUAUCAUGAAAGCGGCUCUUUAACGGAGGAAACUUUGAGGUGCAUGUGGGCGGAAAUCCUCGGGCUUGAUCCUCAUCAAAUUGGUCUUGAGCAGUCAUUCUUUAGACUUGGAGGCGAUUCUAUCUAUGCGAUGCAAGCAAUGAGACUCUGCAAAGCAGCUGGCCUCGACGUGACAACACAGGAUGUUCUCGCGAAUCCAACAAUCAGGCUUCUGGCAAGCAAAAUUGCGAAGCGAGCCACCAGGCCCGAAACAAACCACGCCCUACCUAGAAUUGCAAGCCAAUCGGCCCCUGUACCGCGUUCUGUCCUAGCUCCCGACAAUGUUGAGACCGUGUCGCCCUGCUCGCCGUUCCAAAACAGGAUGUAUCAAGCGUUCCUUAGCAAGCCUCAGAGACCAUACUUGUUUAACAGUCUUGUUUUGUUAAAUGCCAUUCAAGGUUCUCCGUCAGUCGACACCGGCGCGCUUCUGGGGGCGUGGCAACAAACCAUCAUUCGGCAUGCGAUAUUGAGGACUGUCUUUAUCCACGACCUUGCCUCGGGAGCUAUCUUCCAGAGAGUUCUCAAAGAUCACAAGGCUGACAUCGCCGUCCUAAAUGUCAGCUCAGUGGAAGAAGCCACGAAAGAAGCUGAGCUCCAUCUCAACGCCGUUCGCUCGAAUUUGUUCAAGGACGACUCACCUCCAGUUUCGGUGCGCCUUUUUGUCAGUUCUUAUGGAGAGAUAUUCGUUCACUUUGUCAUGGGACAUAUCUUGAUUGAUCAUGUCAGCUUGGCACACGUCUUCCGCGACUUUGUCACGCUCUAUCGUGGUCAGAUUCCAGGGGCAAGGCCUCCAAUCGGUUUUCACGAUUACAUCGAGCACAUCAACUGUGAGCGAGAUCUCCGCGCAAGUAGUGAAUACUGGGUCGACAAGCUACGGGGCGUGAAGCCAUACAUGGUCCCAAUCGAGACUAUGGUGGGAAGCGGCCCAGACCCUCAUACCAUGGGUUCCAUCGACUUCGUAGUUAAUAUCACAGUCGAGAUGAAGCGGUUUCUCUGCGAGGUCGGAGUGACUCUUUCGAACGUUCUUCAAUUCGCAUGGGCGAUGCUUCUCCAUGUUUACACUGGUCAUUCUACCGUUUGUUUUGGGCAUCUAGUCUCGGACCGAGACAUUGACUUGCCGCACGCGGAUGAGGUUGUCGGACCAAUGCUAUCAAUGAUGAUAGCCUGCGCUACUCUUGACGAUACGACGAUGAUUAUUCAGGCCUUGCAAGCCUUCCAAGAUGAGAACAUCCGCGGCCUGAAUCACAAGACCUUUGACUUGACCGAAGUUGAGCGUCAUCUAGGGUGCGAAGGCACUGGACUUUUCAAUACGCUAGUCAACUACCGAAAGGUCAAGUACUCGGAUGAUGAUGUUGAGAUUGGGUUUCGGUCAAUCUGGAAGCAAGAUCCCCACGAGCAACUUCUGGUACUGGCAUUCAACGAAGGGCCAUCCCGACUUGACGCUACGCUUACCUACUUCGAGUCCCUAUUCUCUGAGACUACCGUGAAGACUUUGACUCAGACAUAUCGACGUCUACUUGAUCUGUUAAUCGAUCAGCAGAGUCAGACGGUGGGCGACAUCAAAGCAACGCUUACUUCCUAG